GGCGGCAGGCUGCGCUCCGGAGGCUCCGCGCCGCGCGCUCCCGGACCGCGACGCCGGGAAGGUAAAUAAUGGCAGAAACCAGUCUGUUAGAGGCGGGGGCCUCUGCAGCCUCCACAGCCGCGGCUCUGGAAAACUUACAGGUGGAGGCGAGUUGCUCUGUGUGUCUGGAAUAUCUGAAGGAGCCUGUCAUCAUUGAGUGUGGGCACAACUUCUGCAAAGCUUGCAUCACCCGCUGGUGGGAGGAUCUAGAGAGGGACUUCCCUUGUCCAGUCUGUCGAAAGACAUCCCGAUACCGCAGUCUACGGCCUAAUCGACAACUAGGCAGUAUGGUAGAAAUUGCCAAGCAGCUCCAGGCUGUGAAGCGGAAGAUCCGGGAUGAGAGCCUCUGUCCCCAGCACCACGAGGCCCUCAGCCUUUUUUGCUAUGAGGACCAGGAGGCUGUAUGUUUGAUAUGUGCGAUUUCUCACACCCACCGGGCCCACACCGUUGUGCCACUGGAUGAUGCCACACAGGAGUACAAGGAAAAACUGCAGAAGUGCCUAGAGCCCCUGGAGCAAAAGCUACAAGAGAUCAACCACUGCAAAUCCUCUGAAGAGAAGAAACCUGGUGAACUCAAGAGACUAGUGGAGAGUCGCCGACAGCAGAUCUUAAAGGAAUUUGAGGAGCUUCACAGGCGGCUGGAUGAAGAGCAGCAGGUGUUGCUUUCACGGCUGGAGGAAGAGGAACAAGACAUUCUACAGCGCCUCCGAGAAAAUGCUGCUCUCUUAGGAGACAAGCGUCGGGACCUGGCCCACUUGGCUGCAGAGGUGGAGGGCAAGUGCUUACAGUCAGGCUUCGAGAUGCUUAAGGAUGUCAAAAGUACCCUGGAAAAAUGUGAAAAGGUGAAGACCAUGGAGGUGACUUCAGUAUCCAUAGAGCUGGAAAAGAACUUCAGCAAUUUCCCCCGACAGUACUUUGCCCUAAGGAAAAUCCUUAAACAGCUAAUUGCGGACGUGACCCUCGACCCCGAGACUGCUCAUCCUAACCUAGUCCUGUCAGAAGAUCGUAAAAGCGUCAAGUUCGUGGAGACAAGGCUUCGGGAUCUCCCUGACACACCUCAGCGUUUCACCUUCUACCCUUGCGUCCUGGCUACUGAGGGUUUCACCUCAGGUCGACACUACUGGGAGGUGGAGGUGGGCGACAAGACCCACUGGGCAGUGGGAGUGUGCCGGGACUCCGUGAGCCGGAAAGGCGAACUGACUCCGCUUCCUGAAACUGGCUACUGGCGGGUUCGGCUAUGGAAUGGGGACAAGUAUGCAGCCACCACCACGCCUUUCACCCCUUUGCACAUCAAAGUUAAACCUAAGCGGGUUGGCAUAUUCCUGGACUACGAGGCCGGCACACUGUCUUUUUAUAACGUCACAGACCGUUCUCAUAUAUAUACCUUCACUGAUAAUUUUACUGAGAAACUUUGGCCCCUCUUCUACCCAGGCAUUCGUGCUGGACGGAAGAAUGCUGCACCACUUACCAUCAGGCCCCCAACAGAUUGGGAAUGACAGGGACAUGGGAAAUUACUUGGGUAAGGCAGGGUCAAGAGCUAUGGGCCUUCCUUCCUGUAACCUGCUGGAACAUCUUCAUACCUACUUGGUUCCUGUCUCGAACCAUCUGGAAGAAGCACCGUGGUUUCUAGAAUGGUUUGUGAUGAGCAGUAGGUUGGGUGAGGUAUAGUUGUACAUUCUCCUGUUGGGGUCGCAAGCUGUCUCCCAGAGGAUUGGCUCUCUUGGUGUCUAUCAGGUUUGUAUUACACAGUAUGAGUUGGGAAAGAAUGAGAGCUUUUCCAGAAACAAAAAGUCUAGGAGAAUAUGACUUACACCACAGGAGGAAGCAAGCCUGUAUACAUCCUAUCACAGGGUUCUUUGACUCAAAAAAGUCCUAUUGGCUGAGGAAAAUUCUAUCUGUACCUCUAGAUAGAAUAAAGAUGAAUGGCAGCUGCUCUUAGGGUCUAAAUAUUGAGGAAUUUUCUGAGGUUAGAUAUCAGGCAUUAAGAAAAUGAAAAAAUCAGGGAAGAAGAGAUUAGAGGAACAGAUUUCUUGAGACUAAUGAAGGAAAGUUUCUCUGUCAUUUCAGUAGGAUUGACAAAGGUAAGAAUAUGGGGAGGAGUGGGUUAGAAAAGAGAGAGCCCAGGUCCUUGCCUCAACCAUCAGCACACCUGGCUUAUCUAGCCUGUCUCCUUAGAAUUGACUGAGAGGUUGGUUACCUUUUUCCAGGGUCAAGGUGCCUGAUAACCUGCAAGACAGUCUACCCUUCAAGAGAACUUGGGAAGAAGAGAGUCAGGUUGUAGAGCCAAGAGAAAAGUAUUUCUAUCUAAAAACCCUGGCCUUAAAAAAUGUUAUCUACUUCACUUGGCUAGGUAUCUAAGCUAGGAAGGGAAAAAGGAAAUGCAGUCUUCCUUACUCUAAGAAUGGAUAGAAGAAGGGAAGAUGCAGGGAAGAUCCAGACAGACCACUUCUGUUUGCCUGAUGGCAUCUGUCAGAAACUAGCCAGUUAUAAUAGCCAGUCUUUUGCUUGUUUGUUGCUUCUCUACACCUUUUGCCAUUCCCCUUUCAGAGAAUGUAAAUCAUUUUAAUAUUAGGCCAAAAUAACCUUUAGGGAACUUAACUUUCAAAAAGGUAAAGUGAUGCAUGCCAAACCAAACUAAAAUAACUUGGAUUAUCUGCUUCUUGGGUAAUCAGGAUCCACAGAAGACUGGGACAAGAGACUGCAGAUUAUUGAGGGCAUUUUGUUCCUCUGCCACCUCAAUAGGACUUUGUCCAGACUCUCCUCUUACCUUUGUGCCUUGACUGUGGUUCUUUGUGGCAAGAUGCUUUGGUUGGUGAACAUAAGAUGGAACAAAGGAUCCACUGAAGUGA